UCCGGGAGCUCCGCGUGGAGGGCUUGGGCGGCUGGGACAUGGCGGAUUUUGAUGGCCCCGCUAAGCCGCUCCUGUCGCUGAACCCGCAGGAGCAGGCCAAGUUUCAGAAGCAGGUGGCGCAGGUCCGCCGGCGCGCGACCCAGCAAAAAAAACUUACUCCUGGAGUAGUCUAUGUGGGCCACAUACCUCGAGGCCUUUUUGAACCCCAACUCAAGGCAUAUUUCUCCCAGUUUGGCACUGUUACAAGACUCAAAUUGUCCAGAAGUAAAAAGACUGGAAAUAGCAAAGGCUAUGCCUUUGUAGAGUUUGAGUCUGAUGAUGUUGCCCAGAUAGUUGCUGAAACAAUGAACAACUACCUUUUUGGUGAAAGACUCUUGAAGUGUAAGUACUCUAACCCGUUCUCAAAGCCAUCGCUUCCAGCAGUAAAACGGUACAAUAAGAAGCGGACACUGCCGGCAAAGCUGCGCAUGGAGAAGCGAUUUAAAAACAAAGAAAAAUUACUCAGGAAGAAGUUAGCUAAAAAAGGAAUAGUUUAUAAUUUUCCAUCAUUGAUUUUACCGAAAAAGAAAAAAGGAAAAGUUUCAAAAGCAGAUCUUCAGAACUCGACCAAUAGCCAGGGCUCCACACCAGUUUGUACACCAACAUUUUUGGAGAAGAGAAAGUCUGAAGUGGCUAAAAUGAAUGAUGAUGAUGAAGACAAUGAAAUCACUUUCAAACAGCCUGUAGUUGGUGUAAGAGCAGAAAUACAAGAGACUCAAACACCUACCCGUUCAGGGAAAAGAAGGAGAAGAAAAAGCAAACAGUGAUUCUGAAUGUAUUUUAUUAUUAGGACUGACUCUUUAGAUCUUACUAGGUGCAGUGAUAACGCAGACCUUGGCACAAUUUUUGGAAGAAAAACGUUGGUUAAAAUAAAAGCAGUCAGUAAUUCUGGCUUGCCUACCGUUGCUGAAAUACAGGGAGUGUGCCGUGACCUGCUCCCCUACCUCUUUGCCAUUAGUCUCCUCUCAGUUGCUUUGCGUGUUUCGAAGUUGUCCUUAGUUGCUGUUCAAACAGUGACGAGCAAGGGACUUCCUACCGUCAUUUGUAUGCAAGUGAAACAAGUAGGUUUUUGCCUUCUCAACUGUUGAUGAUGCCUUGAAACGUGCUUUUGUAUUCGCUACUCUAAAUAUAUAAGAACAUUCACUGCUACCAAGCCUUCUUUCAGCCAGUAAUUGAUAAGUCUUUAAUGUGCUAAAACAUUGGACUAGAUGUUCUGAUACAGAAUGCAGACAAUUAAUGUAGAUAGCAGAGUAGACCCUUAGAAUAAUACCGAACAUAGAAAAUGUUCAGUGUGUGUUUGUUGACUGAAUGGGUGCAGAGCUGCCUCCCUUUGUGAACCACCUCUAACCUUGGUGGGUCUGGAUGUCCUUCAGUUAUCCCUUCAGGGAGAGCAGGAGAUGAGCAUAUCCACACACAAAUAUAAUUCUGACGUGUUUGAUUUCCCCAAACCAUAUCUUCCACAAACGUGAUGUCUUUCUCCAGCAACUAGUCUUUCCUGAUGAUACGUUGAAAGCAAGCAGGUUGGACGGUGUUCUCUUGUAAUCCGUAAGGUUUUCGUUGGUUAAUUUUCAGAAGUACGUGGCCAGAAUUUUCUUUCUAGUCUGUUUGCAUCUAAAACCUGCCUAGCAUGGGUGACCCCACUCAUAUUUGAAAUAGUGGUGGCAUAGCUUCCAGCAUCGUAACAGUGCACAACCCACCCCAGUACAACAAACUGACAGACCAGGUGGUGGAAUCAGGAUAGGCUGUGGUGGCACAGCGAUUAAGUGCUCGACUGCUAACCAAAAAGUCAGCAGUUCGACCCCAUCGGCCACUCCGUGAGAGAAAAACGUGGCACUGUGCCUCCAUAAAGAUUUCAGCCUCGGAAACACUACGGGGCAGUCCUUCUCUGUCCUAUAGGGUUCCUGUGCGUCGGAAUCAGUGGCAACGGGUUUUUUGAGCUAGAAUGAUUUUGGCAUAUUUUAAAUGGUUGGGAAAGGAAGAAAAUAUUUUGUGACAAAAAUACAAAAUUUAAAUUUUAGUGUCCAUAAAUAAAGAUUUGUUGGAACACAGCCACGCUUGUUUACAUGUUAUCUGUGGCACCUUUUGUACUACAGGAGUUUAGAUGCGAAUGAGCAUGCGUGUGCUCACUGCUUAGCACUCCUGCUGGGUGCACUGCAGGCUGCAGUGCUGGUUACACUUCGGGACAUUUUGAGUGCCACAUUGUGGUACUGGGAAUUUUACUUUUCAUUACCACUGUGUACCUGUCAUGUCAAAACAAGAAAAGUGGGACUUCAGAUAUUGCUUUUAAGGCACAGUGGAGUGUGGAUUAUUUUGUUACCAAGAUAUGAUGGCAAAGCAUUGUGUUUAUUUUACAACACUCUAGCUGUGCUAAACAAAUAGACAAUAUGUUAAUAUUACCAUACUAAGCUCUUACCAUAUCCCCAGCUCACAGGAAAGCAGCAGAAGAUUUAAAAUGGAAUAUCAUAACAGAAUUUCCUCACAAAAAUAAA